CGCAGCCCAGUGAGCAGGCGGCGGGCGGCGGGGCGGUGGCUGCCGUUGUUGGCGCGCGAGCGGCGGUGGCGGUCGGUCGGGCGCGCGCAAGAUGAGUGAAUCCCUGGUGGUUUGUGAUGUGGCUGAAGACCUGGUGGAGAAACUGAGAAAAUUCCGGUUUCGUAAAGAAACCAACAACGCUGCCAUUAUAAUGAAAAUCGACAAGGAUAAGCAGUUGGUGGUACUGGAUGAGGAGCAUGAGGGUAUUUCUCCUGAUGAGCUAAAAGAUGAGCUGCCCGAGAGACAACCACGAUUUAUUGUGUAUAGUUACAAGUAUCAGCAUGAUGAUGGAAGAGUUUCUUACCCAUUGUGCUUUAUCUUCUCCAGUCCAGUUGGAUGUAAGCCUGAACAGCAGAUGAUGUAUGCUGGAAGCAAGAAUAAGCUUGUACAGACAGCUGAACUCACUAAGGUAUUCGAAAUAAGAAAUACAGAAGACCUCACUGAAGAAUGGCUGCGUGAGAAACUGGGCUUCUUCCAUUAAGAAAACCUCUGUAAUAAGUAUUUAUGUACCAUCCUGAUGAUACUGGAACCAGACAUGAAUACUUGCAUCUAAGAAAUGCACUAUAUUUACAUCUGUCUCCUGCGGUAUCUCUCUUGUGCAAAGUUUGUGCGAAGAAUAGCAGGUCUGUCUCCUUGAAGUAACAAAUCUUUGCAGGUGUUUCCUUAUUUGUACCUUUUAAAAGGGAAUACUCCUCUGCAGGGACUCCUUUUGCACUCUUGUGACUAAUAUUUCUAUAAUUAGUUCAGUUCUGGAUUUCUAUCUAUCUACAAACAUAAUUUGGAAGCUGACGCUAACUUUUUCUGAGCUACAAAUGCAUCCUUACGACAUAUACUAGCCAUUUAUAUGCAGGAAUUAUGUACUGUCACUUCUCAGACUGAGACUUAAUGUCUUCUCAGUUUUGAAAACUACUCCCUGGAAGCAUUUCGUAUUAUAAAGACAAAAUCAUUGUACAGCAAAUCCAUCCAUUUAUCCUGUCAUCAAGUCCAUGGGAACUUUCACAGAUCCUUGAACUAAUUUUUGUCAUUCCAGUAAUUCCUCAGUUGACUGAAUCGAUCUUACUAAAUUUCAGGGCAAAUCUUUGACUGUCCAGUUCUCAUGCUACCACAGUCUUAGAGGAACUAGGUGAUAACUAAGGGCUGAAUGACAACUCUGGUGACUCUUGUACCAGUUGUCUUGCAUCUAGAACUUAAUCCACUGUAAAGAAGUUUACCUCUCUGCUCAUUUCCUGUUAUACAAACACCUGUUAAUACUGUGUGCCUUUAAUUUGUUAGCUUUAAAAUGACUUGAGAAUUUUACACUGCCAUUUACUACAAAUUUGGUAAAACUUUUGUUAAAGAAUCCAAGUAAUAUUUUUUCCUAGUGCCUAGUGUUGCAGUUGACAUCUGUAAAAAAAGGAAAACAAAGCUAACCUCAUUUUCUUUGAAAUUCCAGUCAUCUGCUCCAUUUGUAGGAGUCAGGAGGUUAAAUCUUUUCAUGAUAAUGAAUGAUUUGUAUCUCUCUUGUUAUGAAAGUUGGCCACACGUAGCUUUUGAGUACUUUAAUUACAGCUUCUAACUUUCUUAACUUCAAAAUUACAUUCCAGAUGAAGCUUUUGCAUAAGUAAUAAUUUGAUUUUUUUGUUUACUUAUGGUUCAUCUCUUUGAAACAGCAAAUAUUCUAAUGUGAAAAUAGUAUUUAACUUUUAUAAAUGACCAGUCUUUUUACAGGUCUGUUUUAUAUGGAAUAGAGUAGUUGUCUGCUGCAGGACGUGAUCAGCCCGUGCAGUGUCAGGAGGACAGUGUUCAUGUGAUGGUAUCUCACUGUCUUGCUCAUGAGUGUUUGUUGUGCUGCUGAAAAAGGAUCAGUGUGAGAGCAGCUUCCUGUCGAUAACACACCUUAAAAUACAGCUGCCCUAACAAAUCUGUUUGGUGAGAAGGAAUGCAGUGUUACAUUUGGAGGCCAGUAUUUCAUGCUGUGAAACCUUUGCUGAAAGGAGAUUUGUUUUUCAUUUGUAAACUUAUGUCCUGUUAGUGUUAAACACUAAUUUCUCUAAGAUCACAAGGAAUUCAUUUGCAAAGGUCCUCGGUGUUGGUAAAACCUCUUCUUAGUUUGAUGUUACUGCUCAUUUAUUUGUAUGCAAAUGUGACUUGAACUUCUCAAAAUACAUGUUAAAGUGAUGCAAUUAAGUUCAUCUUUCAGUGUGGGAAAGAAAUGCUUGUAAUUCAUUUUCUGUGUAAGUGUAGUGAACUGGAAAAACAAUUUCAUUUCCCUAGAUGAAAAAAAAUUGACUAUGAAACAGCUGCCUGAUCAUUCUGUACUACACAUCAAUUAAAACAAUGUCUUUUGUGACAAACAUUGUAUAAAUAAGAUUUUGGCUUAAAGAAUAGUGUCAUUCGAAGCACCAGUCUUGAAGCAGCAAGGAUGUUUUGUUGGCAUUCUGCUAAAGGUAAAGGUCAAGGUACAGCUUUGGUGAGAAGGAAGCUGCCACUUAUAACAUUCCGCUUGAUUUGCAGUGGGGAAAACUGGAUUAAUCACCUUUGUAACUGUACUUUGUGCACUGGUGUGCUUCCAGCAUCUAUCUGAGUGCUGCUCAUGCAGGUCUUGAUAAAAAUAAAGGGGCCAAUCACGGGUGGAGAAGGGAGGAGAUGCUGCAAAUGGUUGAAUUUAAUUCUUCAUCUCUGGAUUGCUCCACCUACUGCCAAGAAAAUACUGCCACUUGUGGCAAUACCUUUGGUCCAAGAUUUUGCUUUCACUUCAGAUGUUAACAUUGCCUCCACUUAAGGACUUUCUGCCUUGUGUGCUGCCCCUCAAGUCUCUUGGAGAGCAAAGAGAUCCUGAUGACUGUUAAAGCCCCACUUUCUUGGGAAAGGGCAUAAUGAUGCUGCUCAGCCCACCAGUGUUAUUCUUGAAACAGUCUUGCUUGGUAGCUGUCUUUCCUUCCCUGAUCUGAGCUGUGGGAGCAAGGAAGCAGCUGAAGGUACUUGGAGAAUGAGUGUGCAGAGGAUGUCAGCCAUUCUGGGCUUGUUUGUGGUUUCCUUGUUUUUUAUGCAGUGUUUUGACACAGCUGCCUGCUGCUUACUGUCCUAGGCUCUGGAGAUACAGGUAGUGCUAAUACUUGAUUAAACAAAGAUAUUAAUGAUGUCGAUCUUUCCUGCACAGAUAAUACUUGUUUUCAUAACAUGCUUUUCCCACCUUAUCUUUGGAAUGGUAUUUUCCAUAGUGCCUCCCUGUUAAGAUCAGUGGGAGGCAGAUGUGUCCGUGGUCAGGAUGUUCUAACUGCUCUUCUGAAUCAGCCAUCUGUAAUCAUCCAUCUGUCUUUGAGUUUUCUCUAAAGAGGGUUCAAACUAAAGGAUAUCAAUUAAGGAAUGUCACCUAUGGGAGCCUUUGUAGCUAAAGGUCUGAGAGUCAGCAUUUUCCAUUGUGAGCUCCUAUUUUUCAGGAGUUAGUAAGUUGGCCAUAAAAUCCUUGGCCUGGAGUCUCUCCAAGGGAGACUUGCCAAAAUUAACCUGGUUUGCUUUAAGUAUUGAAUAGAAGGCUGAGAUACAGCUUUUGUAAUCAUGUGAAUUGAUGAACUGAGCUGAAUUAAAGCAUGAGUUUGCAUGUCAGUCUGUAAAACGGACUUGUUGGAAUAUUUUUAACAAAAGAAAAAUUAAAUGCUGUUAUUUGCUGGUUAAAGUGUGUUUCUCGUAUCAUGAAUACUGGUUUGAGUUAGCAAAGGAGGCAAUAACGCAGGUGUUGACACUUUUUCACUUCUCCAAAGGAGCAUCUUACACAUUUGUACCAGGAUGCCACUUUUGUAUCUUAAGUUGUAAAAUAGCUAGUCCAGAAACAAUACUAAACUGUGAUCAGGAGUCCGAAUCAAACAUACAAAAGCAAAGGAGUUAAUUCCUCGCUUCAGUGUGCUCCAAACAGAGAUGUCACACGCCGUGUUCUAAUACCUCUAGUGUCUGAGAAGGGCAGCAGUGAUGCUCUGGCUUUUGUUACGUGAUCCAGACAUGCUGUGAGCCCUGUACUGGGAUGUAUUGGGGUUGGCACCAGUGCUGUGAGUGGCAGAAGGGGCAAGAGCUUCAUGGCCAGUUUUGAGAGUUUGGCAAUUCCACAUAUUUGACAAUACCCAUAACCAGUACAACUUCCAUAUGCCUUUAGUCUCUGCUAGUUCACAUUGCAUGUCCACUUUAAACCAAAUCUUUUUUUGCUAAGCAUGGUGCUUGUAUUGGUUUAAAUAAAAUGUUUAAUUAAGA